GCGGUGUUUUUUUUGUCUCUGGAUAGAGAGAGAGAGAUGGCGACGGCGUCGUUCAGGUGGAUUUUGCAGCUACACAAAGAUGUACCAAAAGCUGCUCGAUUCUACGCGCAAGGUCUCGAUUUCUCCGUCAAUGUCGUCACUUUACGUUGGGCCGAGCUUCAGUCUGGUCCUCUCAAGCUAGCUCUUAUGCAAUCUCCCAGCGACCAUGUGGUGAGUGAGAAAGGAUACUCUUCGUUACUAUCGUUCACUGUGACAGACAUUAAUACAUCAAUCUCCAAACUUAUGGAGCUAGGAGCUGAACUCGAUGGCUCUAUCAAAUACGAAGUCCACGGCAAGGUUGCAUCUGUGAGAUGUCUCGACGGUCAUGUGCUCGGCCUCUAUGAACCUUCUUAGGUUUUAUCAGUUCAUGAGUUUACUUUGUUCGGAUGCUUUAUUAAUGCAUUUGAUUGAAACAUUGAUUACACGGCCGAUUGGUGAACUAGUAGUAGCCAGACAUACUAGAAUAAACAAAGAUCAAUGUAGUGCAUUUCUUAUU